AUGGUGGAACGCAUCUUAAUGAACGAAUACAAGUCGUUGUUGAAGGAGCCUUGGGUCAAUAUCGAAAUCGAUGAACAGAACAUUCUAAACUGGAACGUGGGCUUGAUCGUCCUCAACCCAGACUCUCUCUACUAUGGCGGCUACCUCAAAGCUUCGAUGAAGUUCCCCAGUAAUUACCCUUAUUCGCCUCCAGAGUUCCGAUUCCUCCGCCCACUGUACCACCCGAACAUUUAUAAAGAUGGCAAACUCUGCAUCUCUAUUCUUCACGCGCCCGGCGAGGACGAAAUGUCGGGCGAGCUCGCCUCAGAGCGGUGGUCACCCGCUCAGCGAGUCGAAUCCGUUCUCAUCUCCAUUCUAUCCCUACUCGACGACGCAGAAAUCUCCUCGCCCGCCAACGUGGAUGCGUCCGUGAUGCUCCGCAAGAAUCCCGAACACUACAAAUCAAUAGUCCAACAGCACGUGGAGGACUCCAAGAGGGACAUUCCCGAGGGAUUUAUCAUGCCCACCCACCUCACGACGUCGCCGGCCAAGGUCAUCGAGAAGGACGACUCGGACUUCUGGGCUGAGAGCGACGUCGACGAUGAUGUUUUUGGGGGCAGCGACUCCGACGAAGAUUUGGAUGUGGAUGACGACGAGGACCAGGAAACAGGCAGUGAAGACGAGGAGCAAGCCUGA